CAAGAAAUGCAAUUGAUAAACAAUGGGACGAAACAAAAAUUUUAGCUUUAACUGGAAUUUCUAGACUUUUUAAAAAUUUCAUGUCUAUAUUAAUAAACUUUGAUGGUUUUCGACAAUUAUGGGAAUUAUUACUUUCCCAAUUUGAAUAUUUUUGUUUGCAUUCAAGUUUAGAAGUUUCUAUAGCUACUAUCAAAUCUUUUAAUACAGUAAUACAAUAUCCUUUUCAAGACAAAUUUCAAUAUGAUGAUAAACUUUGUGAAAAAAUAUUACCAUUUUGGAGAAUAGCUUGGAAUUUUUGGGAGAAAAUAGGUUGGAGAAUUAUUUCAACCUCAGAUCAAGAAGUUGCUUCAGAUAUGAAAUAUUCAACUACAAUACAUUUCACUCAAGAUGCUCUUAGAAUUUAUCUUUUAAUUUUUGGUGAUAUCUACAAAAUAAUUCGUUCGGAAUUUACGAUAUUUGAAUUAAAAAGAUUUUUUAAAAUCUCUUAUGGAAUAUUGAUUUAUCCUAAUAGUCCAUUUUAUUUGUCCGAUUCCGAUUGUCUUUCACCUUUACAAGAAUCUAUAUUAGAAAUUAUUGGGCAAUUUGAUUUAAGUUUUUCAGGUGUACCUGCAGCAGUUUUAGAAAAUUUUGCAGAUUAUAUUACUCUUGCAUUUACAAAAAAACAAAUGGAUGAGAAAUUGAAUGUAAUAUAUGGAUCAGUUGAACAACAAAUUGCGAUAAAGGAAGCAAACUCAAGUAAUAAACAUAUAAAUGGAGAAAUUAUUGGCAUAUCAACAUCUAAAAAAUCUUAUUCGAUAGUUUCUUAUAUUGCAUUUUCCAAAACUGUUAUGCAAUUGGUUAAAGAUUUAUUCAAAACUUAUGUUAAUGAUCAAAUAGUUUAUUUGGAAGGUGCAUAUAGUGUUCCCAUGAAAUUGAAAUAUGAUUGUCCUUUAUCAGGAAAAUAUGAUGAUAAUGCUGAACUUUGGAAAGUAGCAUCGAUUGCAUUUUUGGAUGUAGUAAAUCAUGGAUUGAAUGCUUUGGACCGUAUUGGUGAUGCCAUUUCUGAAGAAUGUAUUGUAAGCAUAUGGGAACAGAUAUUAGAUGUUCUUCAUAAUACUUUUACACCUAAAAGCAAACUGCCAUUAUAUAUUCAAGUUGAACAAUUAAACAUUGAUGAGUCUUUUGACAUAAAAUUUCUUUCAGAUUUACAAACACGUGUAUUAAUUCACUUGGGCAAUUCACGUGUUCCACAAUCACUUAUAUUAAAUGCAAUAAAAAUAAUUUAUGAAGGAUCAAAAUUAUAUUAUACUGAGGUAGAUAAGGAAGAUAAACCGACAACUUGGAAUGAAAGUAUCGAUGAAAAUUUUCAAUUUCUUGAUAACUUAGAAACACUGUGCUGUAAACAAGUGUUAAAAAAUAUUGAUAGUACACCAGUUUUUGUUACUCCGGUAGAACGAGAAAGACAAAGAAUAGCUAAAGUAACUGCUCCUAUCUUAUUAAAACGAUGUGCUUUUGUAAUUCAUAAUUAUACUAUCGAUCAACCAUUAUUUGGAAGAUGUUCUUUUCUAAGAAUAAGGAAUGAUGAAAUAUUAUUUGUGUUGCAAAAGUUGGUCAAAUUACGACUUCGACAAAAUAUAUUAGAUUUUAAUGAAAAUUCAACAACGAAUCUCUUGAAAAAACACAUUUUAUCAGGUCAAAAUGCACAUUUAUUUUAUUUGCAACGUGUUAUAAGUGAUGCCAUUUGUUUAAAAGAUUCUAAUAUCGAUAAAUUGUUAAAAGAAUGUUUGAAAAAAAUUGGAGAAGACUUGG